GUGAGUCUACCCCAUCCCCCCAUCCGCCUUUCCCAGAGCAAACGAGUAGCUGGGGUGAAAGAAGUGGGGUUCAGGGAUGAACAAAGUUGAGGGUGGAGGGCAUAAGGAGGAGGUGGUGAAAGAAAAGCCAUCAGAAGCAACCUCGGAGGGAGUCCAAGCAGGAGAAGCCAGAGAUCUUCCUGGCUCCCUUAAGACUCCGAGGAGGAAGGCCCACAAAGAACAACCACCGGAGGUCCUGAGCAAGCUACAUCCCCUGCAGUACCGGUGGGUUCUGUGGUUCUUCAAGAAUGACCGAAGCCGGGCCUGGCAGGACAACCUGCAGCUAGUCACCAAGUUUAACACUGUGGAGGACUUCUGGGCGGUGUACAGCCAUGUCAAGCUGGCCAGCAAGCUCUCUUCCGGCUGUGACUAUGCCCUGUUCAAGGAAGGCAUCCAACCCAUGUGGGAAGACAACAGAAACAAGCAGGGUGGCCGCUGGCUGCUCAGCAUUGCCAAACAACAGCGCCACUUCGAACUGGACCGUCUGUGGCUGGAGACGUUGCUGUGUCUGCUCGGGAAUUGUUUUGAGGAAUACAGCGGGGAAGUGUGUGGCGCUGUGGUGAACAUCCGCACUAAGGGGGACAAGAUUGCCCUGUGGACGAGUGAGGCAGAGAACAAAGCCGGAGUGAUGCAGAUCGGGCAAAUAUACAAAGAGCGCCUGGGCCUCUCUAUGAAGACCGUCAUUGGGUACCAGGCCCAUGCAGACACUGCUGCCAAGAGCAACUCCUUAGCCACGAACAAGUUUGUGGUGUGAGACCGGCUUCAGCCACUACUCAGUGGGCACCCUCCUCCUGCUGUUUGAUGGACAGGGAAGACCACACUGUGGAUUCUGGGG